AUGAAGAUGAUGAUGAAGACGAUACAUGUAAAAAAAAACAAAGAAGUUAAUCCAUAUUAUGAUUUUGAAGAUGAUGAAGACAAUACAUGCACAGGUCGUUUAAUAUCAUUAGCCCUUAUUCAUGGAGGGCCUGGACCCCAUUUUUUUACGGAAAGUCUUUUUUCUCUUUUAACUUCGGGACCUGCAGACAAUGUUCCUUAUGUAGACGAUUUGGAGGAGGAUAUUAAAAAAGAAGUUUUGAAAUUAAAUGAAAUAGAACAUAUUAACGUGCUCCAAGAUUACUUGACAGAAGAACCUAUAUUUGCGAUAGCAGGUCGUCAUUUUAAAAAAAGAAUGGAAGAGAAGCAAACGGUAUUUAGAGACAUUGUACAAUUUUACGGUUUUCACCGAGUUCGACCUGCAUUAAAGCAACUAAAAAAUGGGCUAGAAACAGGAAAUGUGCUGAACUUGAUAAAAAAGUAUCACUGCUGA